AUGGUUGUCCUUCUGGAAAAGAAAAGGAAAGUAGAUCUGGUGAACGGUAGUGGUAGUGGUGGUGGUGGUGGUGUAGCACCAGUCCGAGUUCGCAAGCCUUCAAAAAUUUUUAGCCCGUUUCGAGUUUUGGGGAAUGUCACCGAUGCCACUCCAUUUGCAAUUGGUACAUUAGGAUCGACUUUUUAUGCAGUUACUUCAGUAGGCAAAAGCUUUCAGAUUUAUGACUUGGCAACUUUACACUUGUUGUUUGUUUCCCAAACUCAAACCAAGAGUAAAAUAACCUGUUUUACAACACACCACCAUUAUAUAUUUGUUGGGAGUGGACAUAAAGUUGGGAUAUAUAAAAGAGGAAAACUAGAAUUUACCUUAACAUGCGAGACAAAUGGUAUAAUUACGCAUCUUUGCCACUUUGGAGAGUACCUUAUUGCAACUUCUUCACGAGGUGAAUUAUUUGUAUUUAGAAGAACAGCAGCAGAUGGCUUGAAAUUUCCUACUGAGUUGUACUCAGUGAUAAGAGCAGUAAACAUAGAUGUGGAUGGAGAGAUAGUUGGUGUGAUCCAUCCACCUACUUACUUGAACAAAGUUGUAGUUGCCACUACUAGCUCAAUUGUGAUUAUCAAUGUUCGUUCAGGUAAAGUAUUAUACAGGUCUCAGCAACAACAGUUUGGAGAAGAGCUGUUGUCGAGCAUUGAGUCCGCGCCCGUUCUCGAUGUGGUUGGUGUUGGAACAGCUUCAGGAAAUGUCUACAUUUACAAUUUAAGGAAAGGAUCUGUUCUUGGUGAGAAAAUAACCACCUCGGGAUCGGAAACCUCUAGCAAAGUCACUUCAAUAUCAUUCAGGACUGACGGGUCACCACAUUUAGUCGCCGCGUUGAACAACGGAGAUUUGUAUUUUCAUAAUUUAAACAAAAACACACGUAUCCACGUUUUGCGAAAUGCUCACAAGGAGGCCCAUGGAGGUGUAUCGAAAGUACAAUUUUUAAACGGACAACCAAUUCUUUUAACAAAUGGAGGAGAUAACCACCUCAAGGAGUUUGUUUUUGAUCCAAGUUUAAGUGCAACAAACACUUCUAUUAUUGCACCUCCGCGUCAUCUCAGAUCAAGAGGGGGCCAUUCUGCACCACCCGUAGCUAUACAAUUCCCUGAUGAAGACAAAUCACACUUUUUGUUUAGUGCAUCCAGAGAUCGAUCAUUCUGGAGUUUUUCAUUAAGAAAAGAUGCUCAAGCACAAGAGUUUUCACAAAGAAUGCACAAGUCUAAGGAUGGUAAGCGACAAGCAGGACAAGUUGCUUCUUUGAAAGAAAAGUUUCCAGAGAUUAUUGCUAUUGCUACAUCACAUGCUCGAACAGGUGAAUGGGAUAAUAUUCUCACUGCACACAAGGAUGAACCUUUUGCAAGGACGUGGGAUUCUUCAACGAAAAGAGUUGGUAAGCAUAUUCUCAACACGGUUGAUCAAGGAAUCUGUAAAUCCAUUUGUAUAUCACAAUGUGGAAAUUUUGGUCUUGUAGGUUCAUCCCUUGGUGGCAUUGGGGUGUAUAAUUUACAAUCAGGCCUCUUGAGGAGGAAAUAUCUAUUGCAUAAGCAAGUUGUGACCGGGUUGGCUAUUGAUGGGAUGAAUAGAAAAAUGGUUAGUUGUGGAUUAGAUGGAGUUGUUGGAUUUUAUGACUUUGGAAAAUCAAAAUAUCUAGGAAAACUACAAUUGAGUGCACCUAUCACAUCAAUGGUUUAUCACAAUCAAUCAGAUUUGGUCGCUUGUGCCCUAGAUGACUUAUCGAUUAUCGUUAUUGAUGUAACCACGCAAAAAGUUGUUAGGGUGCUAUACGGCCAUUCCAACAGAAUCUCAGGAAUAGAUUUUUCUCCAAAUGGAAGAUGGAUAGUAUCUGUUGGUUUAGACUCAACGUUACGCACUUGGGAUCUACCUACAGGAGGGUGUAUUGAUGGUGUAUUUUUACCCAUUGUUGCGACCUCGGUGAAAUUCUCUCCACUAGGGGACGUCAUUGCUACAACUCAUGUUUCAGGAAACGGAAUUUCGUUAUGGACAAACCGAGCACAAUUCAAGCCAGUAUCGACAAGACACGUUGAAGAGGAAGAGUUUUCAACGAUUUUAUUGCCAAACGCCUCUGGAGACGGUGGCUCAAUUAUCCUAGACGGUGCUUUAGAUGAAGAGGAGGAGCAAGAUACAGCUGAAUUUGAUAUUGGCAAAUUUGUCUCCAGCGAUCAAAUUGACUCAGAUCUAAUCACUUUAUCGACUGGACCAAGAACAAAAUUCAACACUUUACUUUAUUUGGAUACUAUCAAGCAGAGAAAUAAACCUAUUGAACCACCCAAGAAACCCGAGAAAACGCCAUUCUUUAUAGGGCUAACUGGAGAAGCUGUUGGCGAUAGGGCCUCUGUUGCUGAGGGUGCCAAAGAAAAAAUUAUUGAUGCUAAACAAGAACAAAAACAAGAACAAGAAGAGAAGAGUAAAUUAUUACAGUACAACUUCCAAAAUAGAUCUAGUGGCGGCGACGGUGGUGCUACUACUGCUUUUGAAAGCGAGUUUACCACGCUAUUGAGAAAUUCUGGUGAGACGAGUCAAUUUGAAGAGUUCAACAAGUACUUGGUCAACCUUGCGCCAUCUGCUAUAGAUUUGGAAAUCAGAUCCCUCAAUACGCAACCACCAUUGACUGAGCUAACAAACUUUAUCCGAGCACUACUUGCUGGCUUGCAAAGUAACAAAAAUUUUGAAUUAAUAGAGACAAUCUUUUCGAUGUUUUUAAAAGUCCAUGGCGAUGUCUUACAUCAGUACGAAGACGACGACACAUUUGAUUUACAAGAUAUUUUGGCCAAGUUUUCACAAGUUAGUGAGGAAAAGAAUGAAAAAAUGGAUCAAGCGAUAAAGUAUUUAGUAUAUACCCAGACAUUGUCACAAUCAGCAUCAUUAAGUCAGGCACCUACUACUACUACUGCUGCUGCUGCUGCUCAACAGACCGCUUUUGAGCAAGAGUCUUCCAUCAAGAGUUCACAAGGUGUAACAAUUAAGUCCGUGGUCCCUCAGUCAAUAAGAUCAUUCCGAUCUUAUCAAGAUACAAGACGUCUCUUUGGGGAAAAUCACAACUACACAUUACAGAACAUUUUCAAGAACCUAACAGUGGAUAAUUCGAGCAUAGUCAAGUUGAAGUUGCUCCCCAAUGAUUCAGCUGCAAUAAACAAAAAGCUAAUGCUCAUGAUCAGUCCCACUUUGGUCAAAAUUUACGAAAUCGUUGGAAGCCAUACUAAUCUCAUAUUUUCACUUGACGAGGUGCGUUGUGCAGAUGCAUUAUACAUUGAUCACAGUGAUAAGCGACUAUUGCUAAUUGGUGUCAAGAGAAGAAUAUUGGUUUAUCACGUUACUAACAAGUCGAGAAACGUCUUGCAGUUUACAUUGAUCAAGGAAAUACCGCUCAAAGAUAAAGUGCGAACCAUCAAUAUGUAUAGCGAAGAUCAUGUAAUUGUUGGUGUAGAAAGUGACUACUUGAUGAUGAACAUACUCAGUUAUAAGCUAUCUACAUUUGCCACAAAUGACGACACGGAUAUUUUCAGUCAAGGUGCGUCUUUCAAAUAUUUCGGGCUAUCAUCGUCUGGUCCAUUGAUUUGGACUAUCCCCACGAGUGAAGACUCUGUGUUGUUGAUUAAAGACACGACUGUUAUUCAAUUGGAAAAGAGCAAAAGCGUCAAGAUUUCGCCGUCGCCAAUCAAAUUGACAGCUGUACCUCUAAAUGUACUUUUCAUUCAUCCAAUGUAUUUAGCUGCAAUCUAUCCUAAAAAAAUUGAGAUUAUGGAGAUACAUAACGGUAUUCUAAUACAAAAAUUCCUGCAUUAUAUCAACUCGAAUCAAAUAUGUUGCCAGAUUGAAGAAAAUGUACUUUGUCUAGCAUCAGGGCUGGAUGUGUUUCAGUUUUCAAUAGUGCCGCUUCAAAAACAAGUUACACAAUUUCUUAGCAUAAGCGGCAAAACACACUUUGGAAAUGCUAGGGAUCCUAAUAACGACUUGAGAUUAGUUGGUUUGGAGAAUGCUAUUAAUCUAGUUUCUGACUUGAAACCAACGGAAGAAAAUGAAAUAUUCACGACUGAAAAGUCAAAGCAGUUGAGAUUACGUGAAUUAUAUACAUUGAAAGCAAUUAGUUUAUUUGAAUCUUACUCUAAGUAUCACGAAUCCUUAGUGGACAUUGCUUCCGAGUGGUUGAUUUCUUACCAUGAUGUUUUAUCAUUGUUUCCGGAUUUUUUGAAUGGGGAGUAUUUGCUUAGUAAAAAGAGUGUUGAUGCACAGGGCAAAGUUGCUGAGGAGGAGCAGAUCAGAUCGCCACAUUCAAGUAGCGCGGUCAAAAGAAUUACAAAAGAAGACUUGGAGCUGAACCCCAUAUCUGAAUCUGACUACGAAACUGAUAAUACAGCUCGAAAGUAUACAGCCGCCACAUUGUCGUCAACAACAACAACAGCAACAACAGGAACAACAGCAACAACAGCAACAACCAAAAACAACGUUAAAUCUCAAAGUAUUAGGAAAUUCACUAAAGCUGUUAAUAACUUGAUAAUAUAUUUAACUGAGCAAAGGCGCAUUCUUUUACUGUUUUUUGAUAAAUCGGCCAUUAAUUGGAAGCACGUUCUUCUUGAACCUAAUGAUAUUUAUCCACCUAUUGAUAACCAACUAAUCAAAGUUUCCACGAUAAUAGACACUUCAUUGUUUCUUUGCUAUUUUUACGUGAAGCCGAUGUUACUUGGUCCAUUGUUAAGACUACCAAAUAACAAGUGUGAUUCUAAAAUUGUUAAUGAAUGUUUAAUGAGCAAUAUCCAUAAUCACGCUCAACAAAGAAAUUUCAAACAGCCAAAUUAUAUCAAGGAGUUGUUGGACUUUUAUUAUGGAAGGAAUUUGCAUAGGGAAGCACUAGAAAUGUUGUAUAAACUCGCGCAUGGCGACGAACAACUGAAAGUUGUUCACUCAAACGAGGAAGAUAAUGCAUAUGAUGAUUUUAUCAAAGGUCCAGGACUAACGGUGAGAUAUUUACUGAAGUUGACUAAUGACAACUUGGAUUUGAUAUUGGAGUAUGCUAAAUGGGCGAUAUCUGCUAAUGAGGAAAAUAGUAAAAUUUUGUUUAUGAAUGAUUCUGAUUUGAUUGCGAAAUUGAAGAAUAAUAAACAGUUUGGGAGAUUUGAAACAAAACUUUGCAUAUUGUAUUUAAGGCAAAUCAAGGAGCAGGACGGGUCACCUAAAGAGGACGAAUAUUAUUCCAAUUUGAAAAACUUAUUGUCUACUAGUGAGACAUUUGAUCCUUGGCCUAUUCUUAAAGAGAUACCUACCAAUGAAGACAAGUUUUUGAGAUUAACUGUGUUUGUUUAUAGGAAAUUGCAAGAACACGAAAAAGCGGUAGAUGUGUUAUUCAACCAGUUGAACGAUUUGGAUGAGGCAAUUUUGUACUGCUUAGCAAUAUACAAGCAGCCAAACGGAACAACAAUUGGUCGUGGACUAUUCCAUAAACUAUUGGGGGAUUUGCUAAUCAACUAUGUUGAGAACAUUGAUUUGAUAUCAAAGUUGCUUCUGGAACAAGGUUUGAAAAUGUCAGUUGAUUUUGUGUUUGAUAUUCUACCUGCUUCGUUCCCAUUAUAUAAAAUUGCAAACUAUUUGAAGCAACAAGUUGCAGCAGUAAAGAAUAAAGUAGAUGAUACACGAAUCAACUCCCAGCUUUAUAAAGUUGGAUCUAUCAAUUUGAAGGAUAAGAUCAUUAAGCUACAGGAUGAUUCAUACAAGAUUAAUUCAAGCAAGACAUUGUGCCCUGUUUGCCGGGAGAAAUUGGGAUAUAGUAUUUUAACUGUUACGGAUGAUUCUGAUAUAGUACACUAUGGUUGUGCUCAACGUUUACGCAAACAACAACAAUAA